ACUUACUUCAUGUUUGUGUUCAAUAUUUGAAGAUUUAAAUUUAAAAAAAAAACAUUUGAUAGUUAUACAUAAAGCGUGCAUGCGAUUUCACACUUCGACGCGAUUUUUUUUAGAGGAAAAGAAAAUAGUUAAACAAAAAUAUUAUAAAUCAAUAUAACGUAAACUCUACUGCAACUGCACCGGCUGAGUCUGGAAGUCGACAUUUAUUGACAACACGGAACGUCAACACUAGUUAAACAUAAGUGGGGGUAAAAAAAAAAACAACCGACUUGUUUCAAGGCUUUAAGUCAGCAGUGAACGACACAAGAUCGCUCUCGUAGCGUUCCAAUGGAGGGGGAAGCCGAGGAUUUCGCCGCCAUCUUGUACGCGGAGCCCGGGGCCCUAGGGCUCAUCUCCAACAUCGUGGCGGCGCUGAUGAUCGCCACAGAGAACUGCCUGGACCCCCCGUUCUCAUCUGCGGCGCUUGUCUUGUCAGGUGUCCACCUGAUAGUUGUGGGCGGCAUCCUUCAGAUCGUGGCCGGGCUCCUGUCCUACAGACGCUGGGACCACCUCACCGCCACCGCCUUCAUUGUCUUCGGAUCCCUCUGGACCUCCAUGGGCAUCUCUCGCAUUCUGGCUGCCCAGACCGGCGACGCUGAAGCCAUCCGUCUCGGGACACUUCCGGGGUUGAUCGGCUUCAUGGCCGUCGCUGUCAUCCUCUGCGUCUGCGCAGUCACCGUCAACUUCCUGUUGCCUCCGGUUUUGGUCGCCAUUUUGUUGACUUUAAUCUUCGAGGGCGUGGGGGCUUUUUUCGACUGGGGGCGUAGAGUCGCCGCGGCUUUUGAAUUGUUUAUCGUCAUCACCGGGGUGUACGCGGUCGUUGUGAUGAUGUUAAAGGGCGUCAGCCAGAGGUAUAUUCUCCCCGGGUUCGGCAACGCCCCGUACGACCCUCUCCUCAUGAGAAGCGCCGGGGGACCGGCUCCGAAAAACGAGAAAAAAAAAGUCACCAAAUACUCGGAACCCAUGGGGAUGGGAUUUCUGGGAAACGUCGUCCCCGCGGCCGUUUUAGCCUUCCACCAUCUUGGAUUCUUCACCGACUUCCGGCCGGCCAUCGCCAUGUUUGUUUUCACCGCACUGUGCCAGAUUUUAGCCAGCUUCUACUCCUUCCUCCGACAUGAUUUCUUCCACGCCCUCACCUUCGUGAUCUACGCCACCUUCUGGAACACCCGGGCCAUUCUCCAGUUCCUGAUAUCCAUGAACAUUCCAGACAUUUUCGACGCCCGGGUCAACUUCUACGGCCAGUGGACGCUGAUAGCCCUCAUCAUUGUCAUGACACUCGUCUCCGCCAGUCACAACAGGGUCGUCUUCAUCUACAACCUGGCAUUUUUAGUGAUGAGCAUUUUGUCGAUGGACCACAUCCCUGUCGCCGCCCACAACUUCACCUUCGGCAUCCCGGCCGCCAUUGUGGCUAUUCUUAGCCUGUACGUGGGGAUGUCCGCACUAGAGAACUCCAUCGCCGAGAAGGCGGUCAUGUACAUCGGGGCAGAGGUCAUCAACUCGGACAAGUUGAAGGCCGCUAUUGGGAGCAUUUUCUGCACACUCAAAGAAAAAGACAGCGCUACGAAUGAGUAUGAGGAUGAUGACGUCAUUGAUCUUAAAAUAGUCGACACUAUCUUAUUCACCGGUAGCACCGUCAGUUUGAUGGCUCUGUCUGCAUCAGAGGCAAGCAACCCGGUGUAUUCUGUCCCUUGGAUAAUGGUUGCCGGUAUUUUCUUGCACCUGUACGCGGCUAGACUUGCCUACGCUGCCGGCUCACUGGCCAAAGCUUAUACCGGCGUUGUGUUGGCCAUUAUCUGGCUAAUAUGGGCUGCUUUCUUUUUCAAUCCCAACUUGGGGUUCGCUCUCCGUCCAUUAUCCGUCGGAAUGCUGUGUUUAUUUACCGUUGUCAUGGUAAUGAGUCCAAGUUUCACCCGUGUGUGGAUCCCUUACACUCUGUUGAUGGAACUGGUCGUCAUAACCCAGGUCGUCACUGUGUUCAACACCAACCCUCGAUGGAUGAUUCUCGUCACAGCUUUGCUGGCAGCUGUAAUGAGUUUGUAUGCAGCUUCUGCAGAAUUUAUAAACACGUUCCUUCAGUACCAAGUUAUUCCUGUUGGCGAACCUCUUAUAAAGGAGAAGGUAUCUGCAGCAGACAAGGCUGAGCCCCCAUGUCUUUUGUUCACCUCCCGUCGCAGCUCAGCGCUGCGCAAAGUGGCCAAGAUGCUGGACGAGGGCUGCGUGGUGGGUGUCCCCACGGACACGGUCUACGCAGUGGCUGGAUCCUGCAAACAUCCAGAGUCCAUCAAGAAAAUUUACAUGGUCAAAGGUAGACCAGCAGAAAAGCCAAUCUGUCUAUGCCUCUCCAACCUUGACCAACUGGCAGCUGUCAACCCACCAUUCAGUGACUUGCUGUGGAACUUCAUGAGACGCUGUUACCCAGGGGGCAUCAGCUGUGUUGUUCCCAAGGGUGAAUGGUUAAGGAACUUGGGUCUGGGAGAUUCAGUCAACUAUGUGGGGACAGAGAAAAGCAUUUGUAUCCGUGUGCCGGACAGUUCUGUGUUGGCGUACCUCGUCAGUUUGUCAGGUCCAGUGGCACUGUCGUCUGCUAAUCCUAGUGGAGGAGAUGACAGCACUCAUCAUGACAUGGUCAUUAACUCUCUGGGGGAUAAAUUGGAUGCAGUGGUUUGUGAUGGAACCUCCAAUGAACUGGUGGCAUCAACUGUAGUAAACUGCCUGAAGAUUGAUGAAGGAGUGAUCACCUAUUUCCGUAUUGGCUGCACACCUCAAGAGGUUGUGGAUGGGCAUUUCGAGGCUGCCAAGGCUGAGAUAGCAGCCAAACCAUCCAAACUAAACAUGGAGGAAAAACUGGCUUAGAACUGCCAACAUCACACUUUACAUUAAAGUUUACAUUAAUAUUGGGUGACAACAUUUUAAAGUAAACAAGUUAAAUAUAGGCUUGUAUAUUAUAUAUAAGGCCUAUGUAUUGUAAAGUAAUCUAGAAUUUAUUAUUUCAGAUUUUUGUAGCAUCUGAUUUUUUGUUCUGAUAUUAUUAUUAAAAAAAACCUUAAACUUACACUAUAAAUAAUUCUAUAAAUUAUUUAGACUUGCAAUAAAAUAGGCCCUAUAUGCAUAAUAGGAUAUUGGUUAAAAAAACUGAAAAUAAGGUUAUAAUAACCAGUUCUACCCAGAGGCGUAGCGACCCUUCACGGCGCCCGGGGACAUACUUUCAAUUUGGCGCCCCCCUCGGGAGCAAAUUUUCGAUUUGCACCCCCCCUCAAACUUUCCAUUUGCACCCCCCCUCGAACUUUUCA